AUGGAUAGUGUACGGAAAACAAUUCGUGACAUAAUAGCACGUUUUCCGUUAAAACCUCCGCCAACGUCGAAUAGAACUUUAGCUUGUAACAAGCAAUCAAAAGCUGAUGUUAAUAAGCUGCCAAUACCUGCACAAGCAUGUCAACCACUUAGAAUUGAUGUUGUCGAUAUAGUUCAAUCGAAUUUAAAUAAAUCACGAACACUCGACACACCAAAUUUUUAUUCAAAACAAUGA